UGUACAGCUCGUAGCUUGUUGCUCACUCAGUGAGUUACUCAGAAUCCCAUACUCGUUAGAGAAAAUCCCCGCCAUGAGAGCAUAAGCAAUGCAUUCGAGGAUAGGGUUUGUCUUGGCGUACACCAGAAGAACCUCAUCUUCACUGUUCUCCGCUAUUUUGCCGUACGCUGCUACCCACGAAUUACGAGUAGUUGGUUCACGUUUCUGCCGGCGAGCCUUACUUUCAGGCGACAGUGCAAACUUAAGCGGCUUCCAUUUGGCCGUAUCCUGGCAUUGGGAACGCCAAUUUAGUAGCUACGCGUUUGAGCAGUUCUCCGAUGAUGAAUACGAAUGCGACUUUGAGACUCAUCCUGCAUCAUCAUCCGUGGCCAAUAUUGAUGAGUGGAAAUGGAAGCUAAGCUUACUCUUGGGCAGUGAGGACCACGAAGUUGUAUCCAGAGAUAAAAGGGAUAGACGCGACUAUGAACAAAUUUCUAAUCUUGCCAAAAGGAUGGGCCUCUACAGUGAAAUUUAUGGUAAGGUAGUGGUCAUAAGCAAAAUUCCUCUCCCCAACUAUAGACCAGAUCUUGAUGACAAGCGGCCCCAAAGGGAGGUUGUCAUACCACUAAGUUUACAAAGGAGAGUGGAAGGCUUGCUUCAGGAACAUCUGGACAGAAUCCAGCUUUCUGGGAAGUCGGGUAUUAUAUCUAGUGAAACUGAAGCAACAGAUAAGGUUGAAAGUGUAACUAUGGAUGAAAAUCUGGAUUCUUUCUUAGAUGACUCUGUCAUGGAAAAGGUUCUUCAAAGGCGAAGCUUGCGCAUGCGCAAUUUGCAGAGAACAUGGCAGGAGUCACCCGAAGGGAAAGAAAUGAUGGGUAUCCGAGAAUCACUUCCAUCAUGUAAGGAAAAAGAAAGGUUGCUUCAAGCAAUUGCUCGCAAUCAGGUUGUGGUCAUUUCUGGUGAAACCGGAUGCGGUAAGACUACCCAACUCCCUCAGUACAUUUUGGAAUCUGAAAUUGAAUCUGGUCGUGGUGCAUUCUGUAGCAUAAUUUGUACGCAGCCUCGAAGAAUAUCUGCAAUGGCAGUUGCAGAGAGAGUGGCUACGGAGAGGGGUGAACUUCUUGGAGAAUCAGUUGGUUAUAAAGUGCGAUUGGAGGGGGUGAAAGGAAAAAAUACACAUCUUCUCUUUUGCACUAGUGGUAUUUUGCUACGAAGGCUUUUAAGUGACCGCAAUCUUGAUGGUAUUACCCAUGUCUUUGUUGAUGAGAUUCAUGAGCGUGGUAUGAAUGAAGAUUUUUUACUGAUUGUGUUGAAGGACCUUCUUGCUCGGCGUCGAGAUUUGAGACUGAUUUUAAUGAGUGCUACCCUAAAUGCUGAUCUAUUUUCUAGUUAUUUUGGUGGAGCACCUACUAUUCACAUUCCAGGCUUUACGUACCCUGUAAGAGUACAUUUCCUUGAAGAUGUAUUGGAAGUGACCGGGUAUAAGCUGACAUCAUUCAACCAAAUUGAUGACUACGGCCAAGAUAAGAUGUGGAAAACACAAAAACAGCUAGCGCCCCGGAAAAAGAAAAACCAGAUUACUGGGCUUGUUGAGGAUGCACUAAACCGAUCGAACUUUGAAAGCUAUAGUGCGAGGGCACGGGAUUCCCUGGCAUCCUGGUCUCCUGAGUCUGUAGGAUUCAAUCUUAUUGAGGCUGUCUUAUGUCAUAUAUGUCGUAAGGAAAGACCAGGAGCUGUUUUAGUAUUUAUGACUGGGUGGGAAGAUAUUAGCUGUUUGAGGGGACAGCUUAAGGCUCAUCCUCUAUUGGGAGACCCCAAUAGGGUGUUGGUGCUUACAUGUCACGGUUCAAUGGCAACUUCAGAGCAGAAACUCAUAUUUGAGAGGCCUCCUCAAAAUGUUCGGAAAAUUGUACUUGCUACGAAUAUGGCUGAGGCAAGUAUUACUAUCAAUGAUGUAGUGUUCGUAGUUGAUUGUGGAAAAGCAAAGGAGACAACUUAUGAUGCACUGAAUAAUACUCCUUGCUUACUACCUUCGUGGAUAUCUCAAGCCUCUGCUAGACAGAGAAGAGGCAGGGCUGGUCGUGUGCAGCCUGGUGAGUGCUACCACUUAUAUCCACAUUGUGUUUAUGAAGCUUUUGCCGAGUAUCAAUUACCUGAACUUCUAAGAACUCCUCUAAAUUCACUUUGUCUGCAAAUAAAGAGUUUACAAGUUGGAAAUAUUACUGAAUUUUUGUCCGCGGCUCUUCAACCACCAGAGGCAUUGGCUGUGCAAAAUGCUAUUGACUUUUUGAAGAUGAUUGGGGCAUUAGAUGAACAUGAAAAUCUUACGCAUCUCGGUAAAUAUUUGUCAGUGCUUCCAGUCGAUCCUAAGCUCGGAAAAAUGCUAGUUAUGGGUGCUAUUUUCUGUUGCUUCGACCCCAUAUUGACCAUUGUUGCUGGCCUCAGCGUGAGGGAUCCUUUUCUGUUGCCUCAGGAUAAGAAGGACUUAGCUGGGACAGCAAAGUCUAGGUUCUCAGCAAAGGACUAUAGUGAUCACAUGGCUCUUGUCCGUGCUUAUGAAGGAUGGAAAGAUGCUGAAAGAGAAGGAUCUGCAUAUGAAUAUUGCUGGAGAAACUUCCUUUCUGCUCAAACACUUCAAGCCAUUCAUUCCCUUCGCAAGCAGUUUUCCUUCAUCCUGAAAGAUGCCAGACUGCUUGAAGAAGAAACUGCAGCUAAUAAUAAGCUAAGUCACAACCAAUCAUUAGUCCGUGCUGUCAUAUGCUCUGGUUUAUAUCCUGGAAUUGCUUCUGUAGUUCACAGAGAGACGUCAAUGUCUUUCAAGACAAUGGAUGAUGGUCAAGUUUUACUUUAUGCUAACUCUGUGAAUGCACGCUAUCAAACAAUUCCAUACCCAUGGUUAGUGUUUGGUGAAAAGGUGAAGGUCAAUACUGUCUUCAUACGCGAUUCUACUGGAGUGUCUGAUUCUAUAUUGAUCCUUUUUGGGGGUAAUCUUAACUUUGGCACUACGGCUGGUCACUUGAAAAUGUUGGAUGGUUAUCUAGAAUUCUUCAUGGAUCCCAGCUUGGCUGCAUGUUACAUGAACCUCAAAGAGCAGCUUGAUGAGCUUUUGCAAAAGAAGCUUGAGGAUCCAGACAAGGACAUGCACAAGGAAGGUAGAUACCUCAUGCUUGCUGUUCAGGAACUGGUAUCAAGUGAUCAAUGUGAAGGACGGUUUGUUUUUGGCCGGGAGAGCAAGAAGCCCAAGGAGUCCAGUAAUGAUGACAGGUUUACAAGGGAUGGGACAAACCCCAAAAGCUUAUUGCAAACUCUCCUGAUGAGAGCGGGCCACCAUCCUCCAAAGUAUAAAACAAAGCAUCUCAAGACAAAUGAGUUUAGGGCACUUGUGGAGUUCAAAGGAAUGCAGUUUGUGGGAAAACCAAAGAGAAACAAAGUUCUGGCUGAGAAGGAUGCUGCAAUUGAGGCAUUGGCAUGGUUAACUCACACUAAUGAUAAAAACGUCGAAGACAAUAACUCCCCACCUGACGUUACUGACAACAUGCUGAAACUUCUUUGUAAGCGACGGAGGUCAAAGAGACGCUGAGGAUGACAUGUCUGUUAUUAUCAUGCAGAAUGGCUGAUAUACCCCCAGAUGCAUUAUACCUUGUGAGUUGUGAUAACCAGUGAUUGACAUGGCGCUCCCAGAUGUCUGACCGGUUACGAAGGCCAAUCACUCGAGAUGGAUAGAUGGAUAUACUUAGAUCUUCAUGAGUAAUAGAACAGAGCUUGAUGACUUUACAAGCGUUUUGAUAUACCUUAGGAAUUAUUUAUUCAUUUCUACAAUUGUAUAUGAGAUCUGGAAUGUAGACAUGUACAAGCAUUUUGAUAUUUUCCCAGCAGUAAUUGCACCUUAUUCAAUAGAACUCAGCUAGGCUACAUUCUUUUUUUCUCUUUCAUUUGGAAUCACGAUAAUACGAUAUAUAUACGUAAAGC